GAUAUUUCGUCUUUUCAAUAUUUUUAGUCUUGAUCUUGGCCUUAUCUAGAGGAAAAUUUAAAGAAAUUUAGAUUCGUUAAUAUCGUUUUAUUUUGAUGUGAAUAUUAAUAUUCCCUAAAUAGUAGUAGUAAAGCGAACAAGUCCAACAAUACGGAUAGAUAUUGAAAAAUGAAUUUAUAUAUUUUCUAUCAGAAAACAAGAUUCUGAAGUUGUAAGUCUGAGAAAAGCUCUGCAACGAAGUACAAAAUAAGAACCCUUGUAGGCAAGCCAUGGGUGGUGAUACUAUCAAAGAUGAUGUUGUAGAGGAAGGAUCUUCAAGAUCAUCAUCAUCUCCUUGUUCUUGUUGUUUCAGUGAUGAUUUAGGGUUUAAGGAUUUCUCGAAUCAUGUUGCUGAUUUGAGAAGGAGAGAUAAGGAUUACCAAGAGAUUCUGCAAAGUCAUGAUCUGUUGCUCAAAAGCAACAAACGGAGACUUAGACAAGCCAGAAACGAUAUUUUGAGCUAUACUCCUGGAUCAUGGUCUGAUGGGAAAGUGAGCGAUUAUGAUGUUCAAAAGACGACAUCAAUCAUACUUAUUGGUCCGAAAGGGGCCGGGAAGAGUAGCCUUGUUAAUCGGAUCACAAGAGUGAUUGAAGAUGAUGAGUUUUCUCCAGAUAGAGCUCAAGAAUCAUUUGGUACGCAGUCCAAAGGAGGCACAUAUUUUGUUGAGGAAUAUAAGAUGCCAAGAGGAGAUUCUGCUUCUUUUUGCUUAUAUGACACUCGUGGCUUGAGCCAUAUCUCAUCAUCAUCUGAUAACACUAGUAUGAUUGAGAAGUGGAUGACAAGAGGCGUGCAUCACGGGGAACCUGUCAUCUGGGCAUCCGAUAGCUCGGAUUUAAAGGAUAGACUGAUCCGAGAUAGUGGUACCGGUUCUGAGAUAAGGAAAGUGAACUCUGUUAUCUUUGUUGUGGAUGCGGUCGAAAUCUUGAAAUCGAUGGAGAGUGAAACGAGCUAUACUCAUAUGGUAUCCACUGCCUUUAACUCUCCGUUACUAUCGUAUAAAGAUGACAAGCCAGCAGUAGUUAUGACUCAUGGAGAUUUGCUUUCAAGGGAGGAUCGUGCCCGAGUCCGAGUAUUCCUUGGAGAACUUCUUGGUAUCCCACCUGAAAAACAGAUAUUCGACAUUCCAGAAAGCCGGGACACAGCCACAGCGCUAACAAUCUGCAACUUGCUAUGCUAUAGUCUUGAACAUGCUGAUAAGAAUCUUGUCUUUCUACCUAAAAGGAACUUCACCAUACCCAAGGUGGGAGGAGGAUUAGACAUAAUAUCAAUUGCUCUGUUUGUUGUAUUCAUGACCUUGGCUUCAAUGUGGGUUGUUAAACAUAUUUCCGUAGUCAGCCAAAAUGUAGCGAAUGAGGCUCAGCACAAACUGCGUACGUUCCCAAGUCCCCGGUUAAACAACCUCACGCAUAAGGUCUCGCCAAAGCGUUGCAUUGGGCCUCAGAAGAUCUUUGGAGGGCCAAAACUUGCCCGUGUUCCAAAACCUGAUUCUAAGUCUGUGACUGAAGGUCAGCCUAGCAUUGAUUUGCACAUAGCUCGACGCUUGUGGUUAGACGAGGGGAAAGUGGCCGAGGCGAAACCAAGUUUAGAUUGGCGAACGACUCGACGCUUGUGGUACGUUGAGUGAAAAGUAUGCAAGCGUCAAACAUCUUAUUAUAUGUUAACAAUAAAGUUAAAACAGGUUGUUUUAAGAAAACUUGAACUUUUCUGACCGUUCCAAUAGGAUUCUCUUAUUUUGAUUUAGUAAAAACUGUAUGUGGUUUUAUAAGGAGGUGGUACUAUUUGACACGAUGUGAAACAUUCCUAAAUCUUUUGUAAGACACUCUACUACUACAGGGUUGAUCGGGGGAAACUUUUGAGGCUGUUAUUUUAUGUUAAGUCAACAUUUAGCCAA